AUGCACCUUAACUUUCACUGUAAGUGUGAAAUAUUAACAGACGAAGACAUCACUGAAGAUCCCCUUAAUCCGGUGAAAACUAUAUUCUCCGUUGAAAACGCCACAAGCAUAACAUUUACUCAGCUCAAGUUCUUAGUCGAAAACUCUACAAACAAACCCUUAGAUGUAAGCACUCUAUGUGAAGAGGCAAACAUCAAAAUAUUCACUUUAAUGUCAAUAAUGAAAAAGCUUACAUCAAAAUUAAAAAUCGCUCAAUGA